ACGCAACGCCGAAAAGCUACGACACGAUCCGUACAGUUCCCAUACGAAUCUCCCAUCGCUCUAGAUGAUUUCUAUGAUUUCUGUCAAUCUAUCUACAUCAUCUAUACUCUUUAAACCCGACCAUCAACCCGCUCCAUCGACAACAAUAAGACAAUAGGACGCAUUGCGCUCAUCGAAUUUCGCCGACAUCGUUACCACUUAACCUCGCCCAGGAUAUUCUCCCCAUAUCCGUAAAAUACGGUGGAGGAGUAGUUGUAGACGGCCUAUCGUAGCCUCGAUGUACUAGACAACAUCGUGGCUAAAGUUUUGUCUUUCUCUCCGGAAAAAGAAAGUGUCCCUUGAACAGACGGCUUUGUUUGCCGCAAAUUUUAACCACUCGCCUUUUUCCGUACUCUUUUCAUAUUAUCAUUUCUUUCACGCUCUCUGUGGAGCUGUUGAUGAUAUUUUACCCGUUAUCCAAAGAUAUCAGAUCUUUAUUUUCUGUUACCAAUCUGACUCCAGCCACCAGUUGUGUUUUUUCAAGCAAUACACAAUGCCUACCGAGGAAAUGGAGAUCACGACCGACUUCGGUCAUCCUGGUUUUGGAGAGGAUAUUGAUAUAGAUUUGGAUUUUGCAGUCGCACAACCAGACGAAGACCUUGAACUAGCAGAUUUCGAUCAAGCUCGGGAAAUCCAAAAUUUCAACUCAGACACGAGAGACGAGUUGAUGGCCGAAGUUGACGAUGCAUCAUAUGGCAUGGUUGAUGCUGAUGAUAUGGAACACAAUGAGGCGGCAACAGCUGCCAAUGAUAUUGAAAUUGACUUGGGCGAUCCUGAUGAGAAUAUUUGGCAACAAAACGUUCCCCAGGAGGAAGCCCAGGAGGGAGCCCAGGAGGAAGCCUAUGAGGACUUUCCGGAAAUUGACUACACUGAGGACAACAAUCUUAGCAACAUGAAUGCUGAGAACGUUGAUGCUGGCGAAAUUAGCUGGUUAGAGACGCCGGCCUACACCAUAAACAAGUCUAACGAGGUCAAUCUAGAAUCGGUUCAAGCCGAUCUUGGUUAUAUUCAAGCAACAGAGAACAAUAUCCUCCAAGGAUCUGCGGCUGCUGUCGCAGCUGUAGACUCGAGUGGAAUCGGGGCAUCUGAGACUGGAAGUCAGGCUGCAAAUGUCUUUAAUGAUAACAUCCCAGAAAACGAAGGUCAAAGUACAUGGGGAGAAGAACAAGAAGCAGAACUAGAUGCUAGUCUUGCGAUACCUGCGUCUCCAUUCGCGGCCAGUGAAGGGCGUCAGCAUGAUACUAAUAAUCCCGGGCCAGAGAAUGGCGCAAGCCCAGAUAAUGGUAGUCAUGAGUCCCACGAAGAUGUAGGACAUCCAACGAGCCGCACAGAAGUUUCUAGAGAGGGACUCAGCCAGGACGAUGCUCCCGUCCCAACGAACGAGCAUGGAUCCCCUGAAUCCAUGCCUCCAGAGGACGAAUCGGUAGAGAAGCACCCUGCCGAAAACGAACAACAAACGGAACAACAUCAUCUACCCAUAUCUGAAAUAAUCGAAUAUGAGCAAGGUAGUGGGUCGAAGGCCGAGCCGACCAAUGAUAGUGAUUCUAUUGGCCAAGACUAUGAAGGAGGAGAGCAUCCCACCUCUGAUGCCAGUGAAACACAUAAACAACUGGAUGCGUACGGCGCUCCGAAUGAUGACCACGAGAGCCAUGAAGACCAUGAGGACCAUGAGGACCAUGAGGACCAUGAGGACCACGAGGACCAUGAGGGCCAUGAGGACCAUGAGGAGGCUGAUACCAGCAACGAGGAGCAGAAUCUGCUUGCUAGCGUUACGCCCCUCGAAGAUCCGCUCGUUGUUGCUACGCGCUAUGAGAUGUUCAUUUCUUACGGUCGAACAGAUUACAGACUCUUCGCUAAGUCCGAAGACGAUGAUCCAAACCACUACUUUCUCCGUGAUAUGACAGCCUUGGAACUUCCCCUCUCUCAACUCUUAUCAAGUAUACGAGAAGUUAUUGCGGAAGAAGUAUCUCCUCUCAAUGAACUGGUGAUGCAUGUAGAUGGGCUGGGACUUGAAUUCUCCGAGUCCUCUUCGAGUGAAAUGCUUGAACAAUUUACGUUCGGCGAUAUUCUCCUUUUGCAUGACAAACUCGUUAAGAACGAAGAAGCAGAAACAUAUCCCGAUCUUUAUACUUAUCUCAUGGUAAGGCCCAACUGCCACCAGCGCUUUAUGGCACUUGUAGACAGCGCAGACGCGGGCCGUAGCCUUUCAGAAGUCGCUGUUUAUCGGGACGUGACGCCUGAUAAUGAAGAAGAAAUGGGUUACCUCGAUGGCCAAGCCUUGUCUGUCUCAGAUCAUACUGAAGGCGGUGAGGUCUAUAGCAUCAAAGAUGAGGAUACCGCGGAGCUUGAAGUCAACGAAAAUAAUGCAUAUAGGGUGGAGUAUGAGGCUAGGGCACAAUCACCCUUAGACCAACAGUCUGCUGCGGAAGCAAACGUUACUGAGGAGCCUGACAGAACACCUGAACAGAAUACCGACACAAGCAAUGACAAAAACACCACAGAUGACUUGAUUGAUUAUGAUGAUGAGCUGGACGAGCUGGACGAAAUUCCAUCAUCAAAGAAUGGUAAUUCCCACCCUUUCCCAACCUAUACAUAUCUCUUUCAAUGUCGUCAGACCCCCAAUUGCCAAUGUAACAGCUGCUUUGACCUCGAUCUUGAGCGUCUUGAAGCGAGUUGGCGAGACGAGAGCUGGACCUCGAUCCCUUCAAAGAGCACCGCUCAGAAUAUCCACGCCAACUACCCUAAAAGCGAUGCAGAGUUGCACGCAACUUCUCCAGUCCGCCAACAUUUUCAUGUGCCUGGACCACAGCCUUUUGGAACCUUACAAAUAGAUACUAACACUGGCCAUAUUCAAGAUCAAGAGAAUAUGUCUCUUCGGCAUGACACUCGCGAGGCUCGAGGAGAGUCUGAUGCGGUGGCUACCGAUAUAAACAACGAAAACCAGCACCCGUCGACGCCGCCGAAUGGCACAGUGGAUGCCCCCAAAUCCGACGUCACUAGUGCUACUGCCACACUUACCGGUGACGAUAAAGAUGAGAUCGACUAUACGGACGAUGAGGAAGAUAACGAAAAUUUUGGCGGCAAAUAUACUCCACCCAAUAUUAUCCCAGAUGCGGCUACAAAGAUAAAGAUGCCAGUGGAUGAUGAAAUCACGUGGGAGUCGGACAAUGAGGAUGCUAAGACUGGACCCACACCGGCUCCCAAGCAAACGGUACAAGUGUCACCACCCUCCGGGAAAAGACCUCGGUCAGACUCGGACACGGCCGAGAAUUUCAUGCAACAGAAUGAUGUCAAGCGUCGUCGUCCAUCUUAA